AUGCUGGCCUCUGUGGGACAAGGGUACAAUAUAGCUCUCCUGCUCCAGGGCCAGGACACAGAGGCGCCCAGGUUUGUGCCUCAGGUCCUGCAGAUGCUGUUUGAGGAAGCUUUGCCUCUCUGCAGCUCUGACCCUGUGCUUUGUAAGCUCAGUCUGGUGCAGAUUAGCCGCAGUGGACAGGCUCGGGACCUGCUUUCCCCAUGUCUGGAGGACCUGCCAGUACUGGAUGUGGCCCCUCUGGGCUUGGUGGUGAAGGACGCCAGCGAAGUGGAAGUGUCUGAUGCCCGAGAUGCCUCUGAGCUGUACCUAAAGGCUGCUGGGAGCGAAGGCAGAGACUGCCCCCUGCUGCAAGUACUGGGUGGUGACCCUACUGGUCACCUGGCGGAGGGCUCUCUGCCUUGGAUCAUCUCCUGGCUCCUGGAGGCAAACAGCUACAGUGGAGUACUUCUUCGUCUGGACCCCCGAGGUAGCUCCCCAAGUUUGCUCCAGAAUGCUCUGUUGGGGGCCUCAAGAAAGAGGGUGCAGGUGAAUGACGUGAAGCCCACCCUGUGGAACGCAGUAGAGGAGAUGAGGGCUCGCAGGGCCACCCUGAAGAUGCUGCGCUCAGGCCUUCUUGGAGACACCUUGACAGAUGGUGGGUUGAACCGACUAGGAAGGGCACUCUGGGAACUACAGGUGGUAAAAGCCUGGGACCCAAGAAGCCAUGCACCCAAAGGGGCUAAGUCUGUAAGACUCCCUGUACCACAGGUUGAAGGCAAGCCACUGAGCUCCUGUAAGCAGGGGAGACACUCCACUCAUUUGUCAGAGGCUGGAAGAGGAUUUCUAGGGUCUGGGCUCCACCAAAAGCAUCCCCUCAGGCACUCUGAGGAACGGGCCCAUCAGGCCCCAGAUGUGGCCCUGCAGUUCUCUCUGGCCCAGGCCCGGAGGCAGAGACUUCGAGAAGAACACCAGGUUUGGAUCCAAGAAGAGCUAAAACAUUUGGAACAUCGGGAGGAAGUGGCCUGUAAACAGAUCGAAGGCACAGUGGCAGAAGAGGCUUGCGUGGAGAGAGGCGGUCAAUGGAAGGAGCAGGCAGUGCUGAAACUUCAGGUGGAGGCCCUGCAGGCGGAACGGGACAUGGCAGAGCAAGAUCUGGUGGUCCUAUACGACCUGUAUGUACAGGCUGCCCGCGCUCGGACGUGCCACUUGCUGCAGGUAUUCCAAGCAUGGCAGGGGAUGUGGGAAGAGAAGGCUAUGGCCACAGAACAUCGCCACCGCAGUCUGCUGGCUGACAUCCUUCAAGAUACCAUUGAUCUGGCCUUGAAGAACCAGGAACUCCAGGCCCAGAACCAGCAGCCUGAGCAGGGUGCAGACAGGGCCAGCUGUGCUGGAAUCCUGCCUGGGGAAACCUGAUCCAGAACACUCUGAGGCUACUUUCCUUUGUCCGCAUUCAUGAAGGUUCAGAAGGGAGAGGGAGGUGGGGCAUACCAACCAA